AUGACGGGGUUGUGGAGCUGGGGUGCGUUUGGCAGGUUUAUACUGCUUCCUUUGCUUGCGCCAUGCACCCUGAUGCUAGUUUGUGCGCCAGAGUCUCUCUCUCAUCCACAGCCAUGUCAGAUUUUAAAAAGGAUUGGGCACACCGUGAGAGUUGGAGCCGUGCACCUGCAGCCCCGUGGCUACCGUAAAAACGACGCCGGGGUUGAGGAUUUCACAGGGGAUGUAGAUACAGAAGGACUGACGCGCAGUGCAGAGGAGGAAGAGUUUGAAAUAAGCACGAAAAGUGGAAAUGAGUACGUUCCGAGGAGUAAUAGGACUAAAAGCUCGAUAAACAACCAGCACAUGGGCGCAAAAAGUAAAUUUGGAAAGAAAACUGUGGAAACGGAAACGAGUUUGUUUUUACCCAGAGAAUCUAUUCUGCUGGCCACAGACAUACUCAACCGCAUGGCAGGUCUUUUACCUUACAACUUAUCUCUGGAGGUGGUGAUGGCCGUUGAAGCGCGACUUGGGGAGUUGCCUGCAUUUUCGUUUUCCUCCUCGCCUUCAACAGUCUAUUCGGAUCCCCUGUCUUUUCUGCAAAGUGUCUGCAACACUGUGGUUGUUCAAGGAGUAUCUGCUAUCUUAGCUUUUCCACAAAACAGGGACGAGCUAUUAGAGUUGGAAUUCAUAUCUUCUGCCCUUCAAAUACCUGUAAUCAGUAUUGUUCAAAACAUGUUCAAACGACAAAGUAAGAAUCCACUGCAUUUCCAGAUGACCAUGCAGAAUCCUCCAACGCCUCAAGUGAACAUACUUUUCUCUCUUCUGUCCAUGAAUAAUUGGUAUGAUGUCAGCGUUUUGUUGUGCGCAGAACGGAACAUCUCAGAAUUUGUCUUUCUGCUGCGUAAUAACUCCAGAUUUCACCUUGGACCCAUUGUUAACAUCUCUAUAAACAGCAGCUCAAAAAGUGACGUUCAGUCUUCUCUGCAAGGUUACCUGGAGUCCUUAAAGGAUUCUACAUCAACUGUUGUAACUUUUGGAUGUAACAUAAGGGACAUUAGAAAGAUAUUCAGUGCUUUAACAAAGCUUGGGCUGAUGCUGCCGGAAUACCACUGGAUUUUGGGAGAUUCACAGAACGUUGAAGAACUGAGGAUAGAUGGACUGCCUAUGGGUAUUUUGGCACAUGGGAAGAUGUCAGAACCAGCUUUGGAUCAUUACGUCCAGGAUGCACUGGAGCUGGUGGCCAGGGCAGUGGGGACAGCAGCAUACAUAACCCCAGAACUUGCACUGCUUUCAAGCACCACAAACUGUAUGGUUAUGGAGGACAGGACCCUGACCUCAGGAAAAUAUCUGUCCAGAUUUCUGGCCAACACAUCAUUUGAUGGUCUGAGCGGCUAUAUCCAGUUACAGGAGGAGUCUGUAAUCACCUCAGAGAGCCACUACUUCAUCUGGAACCUGCAGCAUGACCCCAUAGGGAACCCUAUGUGGACGCGUUUGGGCAGGUGGAAGCAAGGCAGAGUGGUGAUGGACUACGGGGUGUGGCCGAAUAAGAGACAGCACCAUCAGGGCGGUGACUGGAGGCAGUCCUCUCGCCUGCACCUACGAGUGGUCACCCUGGUGGAGCACCCCUUUGUCUUCACCCGGGAGGUGGAUGAGGAGGGCCUGUGCCCGGCAGGACAGCUAUGUUUGGACCCGCUCACCAAUGACACCGCCGUGCUGGAGAAGCUCUUCUUCAGCCUCCGGGAGCUCAAUGACACCGUUCCUAUCGAGCUCAAGAAGUGCUGCUAUGGCUACUGCAUUGAUCUUCUGGAGAAGCUGGCCGAGGACAUGGGCUUUGACUUUGACCUCUACAUAGUUGGCGACGGUAAGUAUGGUGCCUACAAGAACGGCCGCUGGACAGGGUUGGUGGGAGACCUCUUGAGCGGGGCGGCCCACAUGGCCGUCACCUCUUUCAGCAUCAACUCUGCCCGCAGCCAGGUGAUUGACUUUACCAGCCCGUUCUUCUCCACCAGCCUGGGCAUACUGGUCAGGACCAGAGACACAGCGGCACCCAUCGGGGCCUUCAUGUGGCCCUUGCACUGGAGCAUGUGGCUUGGGAUAUUUGUGUCUUUGCACGUCACCGCCAUGUUCCUCACUCUUUACGAAUGGAAGAGCCCUUUUGGAAUGACCCCGAAAGGCAGGAACAGAAAGAAGGUCUUCUCUUUCUCGUCGGCCCUUAAUGUCUGUUAUGCCAUCUUGUUUGGGAGGACAGCCGCCAUAAAGCCACCAAAGUGUUGGACAGGCAGAUUCCUCAUGAACCUUUGGGCCAUAUUUUGCUUGUUUUGUCUAUCCACAUACACAGCUAAUUUGGCUGCUGUGAUGGUUGGGGAAAAAACGUAUGAACAACUCUCAGGAAUACAUGAUCCCAAGCUCCAUCAUCCAUCCCAGGGUUUCCGGUUUGGAACUGUUCGGGAGAGCAGCGCAGAGGAUUACGUGAAGAAAAGCUUCCCAGAGAUGCAUGAGUACAUGAGACGCUACAAUGUGCCAACAACACCUGAUGGCAUAGGUCAUCUGAAGGAUGAUCCCCAGAAACUCGAUGCCUUCAUUAUGGACAAAGCGCUCUUAGACUAUGAAGUUUCCAUAGAUGCUGACUGCAAGACUCUCACAGUGGGGAAACCAUUUGCAAUUGAAGGCUAUGGCAUCGGCCUUCCGCAGAACUCCCCACUUACCUCAAAUAUUUCUGAGUUGGUCAGUCAGUACAAGUCGGACGGAUUCAUGGACAUGCUGCAUGACAAGUGGUACAAAGUGGUACCAUGCGGGAAAAGAAGUUUCGCUGUGACAGAGACAUUGCAGAUGGGAAUCAAACACUUCUCAGGGUUAUUUGUCAUGCUGUGUGUAGGGGUUGCUUUGUCCCUUCUGACCACAUUAGCUGAGCACAUUGUCUACCGGCUGGUGAUUCCCAGAAUUAAAAAAAAGCCACACUUCAAGUACUGGCUUCACACAAGUCAGAGAUUACAUCGGGCACUUAACUCAUCCUUCAGUGAAGAAAAACUACAGACAGUGGCCAAAACAGAGAAAAGGUGCAAUGUUGGAAAAAACAAACAAGUGCCAUGGAACACCUCCGACAACUCAAACUGCAGCAGACAAAACCUUCCAGUUCCAGAGGGCCAGAAUGACCUGGACUUCACGCAAUGCAAAAACCUCCUCAUACCUCCUCAGGUUAAAAGGGUGCUCCCCCUACAGGCCACCUCCAACGGCAAGACAGACUUACUUAGCUUGGCUCCGAAUCCUAUUGUGGAAGAGCUCACGGAUCUGGAGACUCAAAUACAGGUCAUUAAGCAGGAGCUGCAGCUGGCCAUGAAGAAGAAAAAACAACUGGAGCAGUACCAGCAAACCAACAAGAAAACAUAAUCCCAGAAUAAUGCAUGUGGUUAAAUUUUAAUUGUAGGAGCAAAUCGUAUGAAACUUUGAAUUCGGA